AUGACAGAUCUGGACCGAACCACUUCAGAUCUGAUGAAAACGAAGGAUUUUAAAGGUCGACGACAUGCAACGGUGGUUGGUAGAGGAGCUGCUCGACUAGAUCUAAACAGAUGUGGUGGUGUUUCACGGAGAUUGAGAGAAAAAAGAUCGAGACAAGAGAGAUGUGUCACCGGAGCAAGAUCUGGUCACUCAAUAUCACCAGAAGGUAGAUCUAGAGGUGUAAAUCAUAGAUUUCUAGGCGAAAAUCAUAGACCCGUCGUCAAAGAUCAUAGAUCUACCGUUGGAGAUCAUAGAUCUAUAAUGAAUCACGACAAAUCUGAUGAAAACGAAAGCUUUUAG